UCAAUUGCUUUUUCCGAUGUCAUUUUGGCAGAUAUAUUCACUUCUUUCGCAAAAGUUUUUGGAGACUUCGGGCUUGCCACACGAAUUCUGCUUGAAAAGGGGCCAAUUUGGCAACUACCUCCUGAAAUAGGAGCCUUCCAAUGGAUAACUCCAUUUCUUAUGAGGUACGUCACCCUUAUUCAACGCCUUGAAAUAUGCUACUGCCUUUCCCGUGAUAUUCCUAUCUGCUGCGCAAAGGAUUGUCCCAGAAGCUUCCAGCUCAGUGAAGCAUGGGGAGCACCCCCUAUUCCGCAUCUGGAAGAGCGUUCACAUUUUGCUAGGGUACUGUUCGUUCUCGUCAACUCAGUCUAUUCGUUCUGGUGGGAUGUAGUAAAUGAUUGGGGUCUAAGCUUUCUCCGGAUAUCAAGCUCGGCAUCCAAGAAACAACCAUCUAUGGCUGGGGAGUCGCAACGGCGGUUACUACCCAAAAGUUCAACGACUGAUAUCGAAGUCGACAAUGCGACACAAUAUGCAGGCCUACGACCUCAAUUGUUGUUCAAUGAUCCCAUGAUCUACUAUAUCGCAAUCUUUGUCAACUUUAUUCUCCGAUUUACUUGGUCACUGAAGCUCUCGUCUCAUCUCCAUCAUACCAUUGAUCUAGAAGUCGGGGUGUUCCUCAUCGAAGCUCUUGAAAUCCUUCGCCGGUGGAUUUGGGUCUUCCUUCGAAUGGAAUGGGAAGCUCUUAGGUUGCGAAAUCAAGUCAAUAAUAGAGAAGAGGAGUACGAGUUUUUAAUGCGAGAGGGCGGAGAAACUGAU